GCGUUCUGUAAUCAGUGCAGGAAUGGCCACUUUUCGAGGUAACUGUAGGAAAAUAUAUGUUCAUCAUAGCUGCUACAUAACAGCUAUUAUUCCAGUUUCGGCAUUUUGAUUCACUCUAUUUUUCACUAAGUUAGGUGUACAAUUUAUUAUUGUUUAUCAGAAGGAAAUUAAUCAUCCUAUAGGAAGCAGUUAUGAUAAGUAAUAGAUUAUUUACACAUGACUCAUCUAGAGGUAUGACAUCUCAUUCCUUUAGAUAAUUCGGCUUCAUCCUUAAGCACCAUUUCAAUUUGAACCUCACUUGACAAAUUUGUUGAAUUUUUCUCGGAUUGUCUUGAAAUUCGCUAUUAUGACAUUUGAUAUUUUAACAUUUUGAUGGUACAUCCAAUUUCUAAACCUUGGCAAAUUCUGUUUAAUUUUUCAGAGAUGAACAACGAAUGCACGACGGAAUGUUUUUGCCCGGAGACAUUAUUUUCGGGAGAAUAGGAAAAUUGCCCUUCCUCCCGGCGAUCAUCGUACCGGAGGAAGGGAGGGCCAAUGAAACGGCCUAUCACCGAGUCAAACAAGUAAAUACAAAAACAGGAUUGGUUUCAAGACAUACCUAUAGACUGAUUUGGCUAGAUGGCUCCUACCGCCACACUUGGGUGGGGCGCUCUGCCUGCGCCCCGUUUGCACCGCCCCCCCAAGGUGAGGAUGGAAGACAGGCAUUGGAACAGCACAUCAACACAUACCGGAGGAACAGAAAAGAUCGGGCAGCGUUGCGGGUGCCAAGGCGCCUGGAGCAGGUGUGCCGUGAGGGGGUCGAGGAGGCUAUCAACUUGAGCCACCUCCCCACGGCAGCCCGGCUUGAAGCCGUCGCGGCCCAACUGACACCACUCCCCGUUGAUGACGAGGAGUGGUUGCAGGUUGGCCCCGAUGGCCAGGCGCCGAGGCCGGAGCCCCGCCAGGCCCCCGAGCCCAUGGAGCUCCCCGAACCCAUGGAACUCCCCGAACCCAUGGAACUCCCAGAACCCAUGGAGCUUCCCGAACCCAUGGAGCUACCCGAACCCAUGGAGCUCCCCGAACCAGCAGCAGUCGAACGGACCCCACCUCCUCCGCCACAACGCCCCGACACUCCUGUGGAGCCGCAGGCUCCCUCCCCAGAACUGGAGCAGCCUCCGGCACCAGUACAGGAGCAGCCUCCGGCACCAGUACAGGAGCAGCCUCCGGCACCAGUACAGGAGCAGCCUCCGGCACCAGAACUGGAGCAUAUCAUUGAUGCUGCGCCAGUAUUCGAAGAUUUGGAGGAAAUGGAGAGGCAGAGAAGGGAGAACGCGAGGCAGGACGCGCUGUUCUGUCAAGCGCUCUGGCCUGGCCAGAAUCGCGUUCUCGUAAGUUACUGAUGAUAUCUCCUAUAGCACCUAAUAGACACUACAGUUUUAUAAUACUGACUAGCUGUCAGGCUCGCAAUAUCCGUCUAGCCAGGGGCCUGGACCCCCGGGACUGGAUCGUCCAAAAAUUAGAUCAGCGGGCUCCCUUCGCUCGCCUGCAUUUCCCAUUUGAGAAUGCUUCAUUUCAUCAUCCCAUCAAAAAGUCAAAGUACUGAGAAAACGCAGAAAAGCUGAGAAAAACGUUGGAAAAAACGCUGAUUUUAGGCGUAUUUUUCAUGAAAUAUUGAAGUCACCUCAUCACAAAAUUUUUAGACCUCUGUACCAAAUUUGAACAUUUUCUGUCUAUUACUUGAUGAAAGAACUGAGAAAACGCAAAAAAACUUUAAUUUUGGGGAGAAUAUUAUGGGAAUUAUUGUACUCCAGUUCAGCGUAAUUUUGGGCAUAUCUUUGGCGUUAUUGCAAAUUCCUUCUAACACAACAUUA